GCGAGGUUCAUCGGGACGAUUGACUGAGCUUCAACUAUGGGUACAUAUAUCCUGCCGUUUCUUGAUCUGCUUGGACCUUAACCCUCUCUCAUAUUCGGCUGUCGUGACGGGCUUGAAUAUUGAUGUCUUGGUUGAAGGCUAAAGACUGGGCAUCGGGCGUGGAAUACUCCAGCCUGUUUCACUCAGGACUGCGAGCUAUCUCCCUCCGUUCCCUCAUAGGCACACGCACCCGAGCUCAGUCUACAGCCCCGAUUUCUUCACCGGAAAAGACAAAGCGGAGAUAUUCUCUCUCUUUAAAAGGUGUGCGUCCACGACCUUCGUCUAUGUUCGUAUGCUCCACCAAUGAGCUAUGUGAACCCUGGGGAAAGGGAGGGAGCUUCUUUGAUAACAUCCAUGAAGAGUCUUUUCUCUCUUUGUCAAAUGAUCUAGAUACCUUCUAUAGACCACUCCGUCGCGAGCUUCCGCUCUCUACCCAAACUAUGCCUAUGCCUUCUUGUAGAUUUUCUGGGCACUACCGGCGCGAGCGCAGGGAACGUAUCGACCCUGCGUGGAUGCUGGAAGAAUCAAGUCCAGAAUUGGAGGCCCAGGACGAUGGAGAGAAUGCUGAUGUUACAGAAGUAAAUCUUGACGGUGUGCCGGAUUGGCGCCAGUUCCACGUUGAUUGGCUCCAGAACGAGCCUGCUGUGCAAUUGACUACCGGGAUUAAUCGUUGCCGCUUUAUGUGA